AUGUCAGAACGAAAAGCCAUUAACAAGUACUACCCGCCUGAUUAUAAUCCUAUUGAGGCAGAGAAACAAGCUCGUAAGCUAGCUAAAAAAUUGAAGACUAAGAAUAGGAAUGUUGUGACGAUCAGAUUGAUGACUCCAUUCUCGAUGAAAUGUCUGAAAUGCUCUGAGUUUAUACCCAAGAGCAGGAAGUUCAACGGUAAGAAAGAACUUAUUCCAGAGAGAUAUUUAGACACCAUAAAGAUAUAUCGAUUGAGCAUAAAAUGCCCCGCCUGUAAUAAUUUAAUCAGUUUUAAGACAGAUCCUAAAUCUUCUGAUUAUGUUAUGGAGAUUGGUGGAGUAAGAAAUCAUUUUAGUAAAACUGAGGAAGAUAAUCAAAAGGGAAAUAAAACAGAGACUGUAGACGAGGCCUUGGAAAGAUUACUCAAAGUGCAGAAAGAAGAAGAACAAGAACUGACGGGGGAAAAUGAUGUCGAAGAUAAGAUGGAACUAUUGGAACAAAAACUUACACAAUUACAAAAACAACAACAGGAUGAUGAAGAACUAGAGCGGAUGAAAAAAAAUUCAUACAUAAGAAUGAAGCAGACUCCACAUAUAGGUGUAGAACAAAAAGAUGAUUCGAAAGAUAUAAUAAUGGACAAUGAAUAUGAAAGAAAGGCUGAACAAGCUUUCUCAAACAAUAACACAAACCUUAAUGAAUCUAAAAUAGAUUUCGAUGAUCCAGAAAAUAAAACAUUUUUUAAGAAGAAUAACCUUAUUAAAGUGCAUAAGAAGAAAGUCAUCAAAAAAGUUAAUCCUUUAGGUAUAUCAAUCAAAAAGAAGAAAUAA